UAUUCUUUGAAGCUUAAUUGAAAAUUAAUUAGCUCAACAUCUUCAUUUUCUAAUUGGGUUGUUGUUGCUUCUCUAUGAAGAUGAUGUAUGAACAGCAACAACUUCAAAAUGAUCAUAUGAUGAUGAAGAUGGAUUUGAAGAACAAGAAAGUUGAUGGGAAUGAAUCCAUUGAAGAAGAAGAUAAGCUUGAAGUUUUUGUUGAUUUGAGUAAUAUGUGUUUGGAUUCUCUUCCUAAUCCUUCUAUUAACUUAGCCACCAUUUGUAAACUUGACCUCUCCAAUAAUAAUCUUCAGAACAUACCAGAAUCUUUAACAGCAAGGUUGUUGAAUGUGGUGGUGUUGGAUUUGCACUCAAAUCAGCUAAAAUCUCUUCCUAAUUCAAUUGGGUGUUUGAAAAAGCUCAAGGUUCUCAAUGCUGCUGGCAACCUUCUUUCUUUUCUCCCAAAAACUAUUGAAAAUUGCAGAUGUUUAGAAGAAUUGAAUGCAAACUUCAACAAGCUAAGCAUGAUUCCAGACACAAUUGGGUAUGAGCUAGUUAAUCUGAAGAAGCUGUCAGUGAAUUCAAACAAGCUAUUGUAUCUUCCUCACUCCAUCUCUCGCCUCACCUCUUUGAAAUCAUUAGAUGCACGUCUUAACAAUCUCAGAUCUCUCCCUGAAAAUCUUGAAAACCUAAUAAACCUGCAAGUUCUUAACGUUAGCCAAAAUUUCCAAUUCCUUGAAACCCUACCAUACUCCAUUGGUCUCCUCAUUUCUCUUGUGGAAUUAGACCUCAGUUACAAUAGAAUCACUUCUCUUCCUGACUCUAUGGGCUGCCUCCGGAAGCUCCAAAAGCUUAGCGUUGAAGGGAACCCGCUUGUUUCGCCCCCGAUGGAGGUGGUUGAGCAAGGUUUGCAUGCGGUUAAGGAGUACCUGAGCGAGAAGAUGACUACAGGACACCAUGGCCCGAAGAAGAAGUCAUGGGUAGGUAAGUUGGUCAGGUAUAAAACCUUCAACGAAAGUACAAGGAAUCAUCGUAACACUGAAGAGAGGGAAGGACUGAUUUCCGAAUACCGCUCCAUCGAAGCCCUUGCGUCUCCAAGGAACUUGGGGAUGUUCUCGCCUCGUCGUUUCUUUUUGCAUAAAAAUAAUCUUCACUAGAUGAUAUUGUUGGUAUUUCAUUUUUCUUUUAAGGGACAGAUGACUACCAAGGAGUGGUUUGGACUAUUAGUAUGCAAUAGCAAUUUUUAGUUGUGUAUUUGUAUUGCCCUACUAGGUAUCUGUGUAGUGUGCUAAUGCACCUGGAUAUCAGCCUUUUCUCUCUUGUAAAUAAAUAGCAUGCAAUAUAAAGUCAA